UGGCGGAAGACGCGAGCGUGGGAACCUACUGCUGUAACGUGGAAGAUGAACGUCCCUAGUCUCCUCUUGGCGGGAGGGAGGUGGAGAUGUUGUCCAGUUCCAUUAGGGUCAUUCUUUUUCCAGGCCCUACAUAAUUCUUGCUGUCGGAAAAAAUCCACUGCACCAAAGAAAAGUAUUCCCGAUUUUUUUGAUGAAAAUACAAAGGAAUCUGAAAAGGCACUUGACAAGCUCUUCUCUUCAGAACAGCAGGCUUCCAUCUUGCAUGUGUUGAACACAGCAUCUAAUAAAGAACUUGAAGCUUUCAGAUUGCUUCGUGGAAGAAAAUCCAUCAAUAUUGUAGAGCACAGAGAAAAGUUUGGGCCAUUUCAGAACUUGGAGAGUUUAAUGCAUGUGCCCUUGUUCCAGUAUAAAACCACCGUUCAAGUUUGUAACUCCAUUCUUAAUCCACAGACUGGAGGGAAAAAAAAGUCACAGGAAAACCGGCUCUUGAGAAAGCUCAUCAAACCAGAAAUAGGAAGAGAGAGACUUCAGGCAGUUAAGAGUAUCGUAUCCAUUGUUUCUGGUACUCGAAGAAUUGCAUGGGCUCACCUGGAUCGUAAACUGGCAGUGCUGGACUGGCAGCAAAGUGAAUGUUGCCGAUUGAUGAAAGGAACGUACCUGUCAUCUGUUUAUUUAGAAGAGAUUUCUUCUGUCAUUUCAAAGAUGCCUAAAGCUGACCUCUAUGUUCUGGAAAAAACAGGACCGUCAUUUCAGAACUCAUCUCUGUUUCCUAUCCUGUUACAUUUUCAUAUCAUGGAAGCAAUGCUGUUUGCCUUACUGAAUAAAACGUUUGCCCAGGAUGGCCAUCACCAGGUGCUGAGCAUGAAUCGAAAUGCAGUGGGGAAGCACUUUGAACUGAUGAUUGGUGAUACACGGACUAGUGGCAAAGAGGUAGUGAAGCAGCUCCUCUCAGAGUCAGUGCUGAAAGAAGAGCCUCGGGUGUUCUUCCCACCGGAUAAGAUCGUCCGCUACAGACAGCUCUUUUCAUCUACUGAGCAAAACAGAGUAGAAGAGUUGUAUGAUUCAUUACUACAAGCGAUAGCCUUCUAUGAAUUAGCAGUUUUUAAAACUGAAUCUUAAAAUUCUGAGGUUUGUAUGUUACAUUUUCAAAUAUUAUAUUUAUUAGCUCCGCAGUUGUAAAGCCAACUGUCUGAACAUCCGUGUGAAUGGAGAAGAAAACUUAAGUUUGUGUAUUUAGUGUUGAAAGUCAGACUUUCGGCUUUUGAAUGGUUUACAUAAUAAUACACCAAGGCUAAAUCAAUGAGAUUCUGUGCCUUUUAGGUUUAAGUGUUAAAAAAUAAGAUGCCCCCUAAAUCUCCGAAACAAACAGUUACCUUCCUUGAAAAGCAAAUGCCGUCUAUACUAGAGGAACUGCAUUAUAAUCAUGUUGUUAAAACAGGGAAUAAUGGAUUUUCUGGAUGGUGCUCAUCAUGGGAAUAAAACUAAGUAUUACUGUUUUAACACA